AUGUCUUGGGAUGCUUAUGUAUCAAAUUUGACAGCCAAUGGCGUACUUGAGUAUGCUGCCAUCAUUGGAAUAGACGGAAACAUCUGGGCUAGCAAUUUUGGUGUUGCUGCUCUCCCAUCCUAUUAAGCCGAUGUCCCAGAUGAGAAAAAUCCAGACAUCAUAACCAAAGUGGCUUAUGAUGAAAAGACUACUUUUGUUCACGCUCUUACUCACAAAGGAGAGCCAGGAAAUGUUGCUGGAAUUAGAAUCAACAAUCAAAAGUAUUAUUCAAUUUCAUUCGAUGGAGAAUAAAAGUCUUGGUACUUAAAGAAGAAUAAAGGUGGAGCUUGUGUUGCUUGGUCUAAUACAGUUGCUGUCUUUGCUUCAUUCUCCCAAACCAUCAAUGCUGAAAAUGGAGCUCCUUAGAAUGCUAGCGAUUGCAACAAGCGAGUCUUAGAUAUGGCAAAGUACCUUGCUGAUUCCGGAUAUUGAGUAGUUAUGUUCACACAAACAAUUAUAAAUACAUUCCUACAUACUUCA